UACACACACACACACCGGCACUAAUACUAAAAAUUUUAACUGGCUUUUGCUUUGUCGAGUCAUUCGUAGUUCGUCUGUCAAACGCUUAGGUUGUGUUUAAAACGGUGCUUGCGAAGAACCAUUAAAGAAAUAAAAGUGCAGUUUUCUUCUUUAUUGCUUUGUGAAAAAUAUCUAAUUUCCAAACAAAUUAAUUAGACGUAUUUUGGAAAGAAAAAUAACGUCUGUAUUUUAAAAUAAAUUAUUUCGUGUGUGAUUUUAUAAAAAGUAAACAAACAAAAUGUGCGACGAAGAAGUUGCUGCCUUAGUUGUUGAUAACGGUUCCGGUAUGUGCAAAGCCGGUUUCGCUGGUGAUGAUGCUCCCCGUGCCGUCUUCCCCUCAAUUGUCGGUCGUCCACGUCAUCAAGGUGUGAUGGUCGGUAUGGGUCAAAAGGAUUCGUACGUCGGUGAUGAAGCCCAAAGCAAACGUGGUAUUCUCACAUUGAAAUAUCCCAUUGAACACGGUAUCGUCACCAACUGGGAUGAUAUGGAAAAGAUCUGGCAUCACACUUUCUACAAUGAAUUGCGUGUCGCCCCCGAGGAACACCCCGUCUUGUUGACCGAAGCCCCCUUGAAUCCUAAAGCCAACCGUGAGAAAAUGACACAAAUCAUGUUCGAAACAUUCAACACACCCGCUAUGUAUGUGGCCAUCCAAGCUGUAUUGUCCUUGUAUGCCUCCGGUCGUACCACCGGUAUUGUCUUGGAUUCUGGUGAUGGUGUCUCCCACACCGUACCCAUCUACGAAGGUUAUGCCCUGCCACACGCCAUCUUGCGUUUGGAUUUGGCUGGUCGCGAUUUGACCGACUACUUGAUGAAGAUCUUGACUGAACGUGGCUAUUCCUUCACCACCACAGCCGAACGUGAAAUUGUCCGUGACAUCAAGGAAAAAUUGUGCUAUGUCGCCUUGGACUUUGAACAAGAAAUGGCCACCGCUGCCUCCAGCUCCAGCUUGGAGAAGAGCUACGAAUUGCCCGAUGGUCAAGUGAUCACCAUUGGUAAUGAACGUUUCCGUUGCCCCGAAGCUUUGUUCCAACCUUCCUUCUUGGGUAUGGAAGCCUGCGGCAUCCACGAGACCACCUACAACUCCAUCAUGAAGUGUGACGUCGAUAUCCGUAAGGACUUGUACGCCAACACUGUCUUGUCCGGUGGUACCACCAUGUACCCUGGCAUCGCCGACCGUAUGCAAAAGGAAAUCACCGCCUUGGCUCCAUCCACCAUGAAGAUCAAGAUCAUCGCUCCCCCAGAACGCAAAUACUCCGUAUGGAUCGGUGGUUCCAUCUUGGCUUCCCUCUCAACCUUCCAACAGAUGUGGAUCUCCAAACAAGAAUACGACGAAUCCGGCCCCUCCAUUGUCCACAGAAAGUGCUUCUAAGCGGUUUCACCUACUACUACCACCACCAACACAACAUGUUUACGUUUUGUAUUGUUGCCACCUUAUGCUCCUGCACCUCCUUGCGAAGUGUUUUAGCAUUUGUUGGUAUCAUUUUACUACUAUAACAAUAACAACAACAUAGAAAGAACCCAUUUUUAGUAGCUGCCGUAUUAGUCGUAGUAAUAAGGAGAAGAAGUAUAAGAUCAUCUAUAUGACAACAAACAAACAACAUCCACAAGAGAAGAGGAGGUUUAUACUAAAACACAACAACAACAUAUACAUAUAAAUAUUAUAUAUAUAUUUAGAAGAAGAUGCUCUACUAAAGUGAUUUUCUAUUUUAUUGAAAAUUUUACUUUGGUCUAGUGUUUAACAAUGAAAAAUUCCAAAAAGAAAAAAUUUAACAAAAAUUUUUUUAACAAAAUCAACUGAAAACCAUGCGUUCGUUCCACACCACAUAAAAACUUAAAUUUAUAUAUUACACACAAGAACAACAAAAACAACAUACAUUUACAAAAAGAACAUCCCAAAAAAUAAUUUGCAAAUUGUAAUAAUUUUUAUUAUUUUUUAUUUUAUUUUAAUUUUUUUCUUUGAAAACAACUCGCAAAUGUAUUAUUAUUUCUUAAUUAUUAUUAUUAUAUAAUUAUAUAAAAAAAGAUGAAAAAACCCUUAAAACAACUUGUCUUUUUCCUUAUUUCUAUCUCGUUCCAAAACAAAUCAUUCAUCAUCCAUCCAUCUAUCAUUCAUAAUUCAGUUCAUUCAUACACGCAUGAUCAAUCAAUCAUUCUCCUCCCAACACACUCAUCCAAAAAUCGCUCCAAUUUCUUAAAUUUCAAAUCUUUUUGAAAUGGUUUAAAUUUUUUGCUUUAAAGCAAAAACCACUAAACAGCCAGAAAAGAAAAGAGAUAAAGAAUAAAAAAGAAUCCUUUUUGUAUGAAUUUGAAUUGUAAGCAUUUCCAAUUUAUAAUCCUCUCCACCAACUCCCACAUUUAAGAGUUGUUUUCAAAUAAAAAGUUAUCAACAAACAUUCCAAAACAAGAGUUUUUGUUUUAAUAUCGCUACUUUUACCAAUCAUUCAUUUUCAUCAUUUAUAUAUUAUAAUCGUAAUAAUAAUAAUUUUUGUUUAAUUACAUGCGUAUGUGUUGAAAUAAUUUACGCUUAAAAAUGUUAAUUAAAUUCAGUUCUUUGCAAAACUUUUUAAGAAAAAAACAAAAAGACUUGAGAACAAAAAUGACAAAAAAUGUAUCCACUAAGAAAAGGACUCUUUCCUUAUUUUUGCAGAGCACUCUUUUUCUAUAAUUUAAUAAAAACUUAAACAACAAUCGCACACAUUAAAAACAAACAAAAAAGAGAUAAAUGCCAAAAUUUUGUCUAAUAAAACAAACUUAACUAAAAAGAGUGUUUUAAAAACAUCUUGAAAAAUAAAAAAGAACAAAAUAAUACACGAUCUCUCAUUUGUAAUAAUUUUAAAAGGAUCAUUAGAAAAAGAAACAAGGUCGUCGUGUUUUAUUUAACAACAUCAAAAUCAUUAAAUUAUAAUUAAAACUUAUAAAAAGAAAGCAAA